CAAUGAAAAGUAAAGAUAUGGAUGCUCCUCCACUUAAUGAAGAUGAAUUAAAUGAAAUUUACAAUUGGGUUGAUACUGUACCAUUAUCUAGACCUAAGAAACAUAUAGGUAGAGAUUUUGCAGAUGGAGUUUUAAUUGCGGAAAUUAUUUAACAUUAUGUUCCUUCAAUAAUUGAUAUUCAUAACUAUAGUUUAGCUCAUUCUGUUUAAUAAAAAUAAUAUAAUUGGAAUACUUUGAAUGCAAAGGUACUAUAUAUUAUGAUUUAUAGGUGUUUAGAAAAAUGGGAUUCUAAAUUACCUAGAAAGAUAUUGAUGCAGUUAUUUAAGUAAUCCCUGAAGCUAUAGAGAGAAUCUUAAAAGUAAUUUAAGUGAAAUUAGAUAUGUUUUUGGAGCAUUCAGAAUAAAAUUAAGUUCAAAAAUAAGAGAAGCCAAAUGAAAUUUCAAAAAAUUAAAAUUAAGUUAACAAUACAAAACCAGUUCUCAACAAUAAAUAACAUGAUAAAGAUUUAGUUAUUUAAGAUUAAAAGGAAACUAUAGAAAUACUUGAACUUAAAAUAUAGAAACUAGAAUAAUUAGUGAAAUUAAAAGAUAGUAAAAUUUAAUAGUUAACUUAAAAACUAUAAUAAGCAGGAAUAAAAUGA